UGGUUUGGUUGGUUAGCUUUAAAAGUGGCGUGAUAUUAUGGUUUAUGUUGCAAAUGUUAAAUUCUAAAUCCUAAAAGAUAUGCUUAUACUCAAGGAUUGAUAUUAAUUUAGGGAAUAUGUCUAAUUGGAAAGCAAUCGGUUCGUUGAAGUAAAAAAUUGAUUUUUUACAAAGUGCUUUGCUAGCCAAAUACUAGAAGUGCCCUUUAUGUUGUGUUUCAAUGUUUGGAAUGUACUCUCUGUAUACGCAGGUGGUCGGCUUUUCAUAGUGGCCAAUAAAUCGCGAAUCUUGCCAGCGACACCAUGGGUAGGUCAGGAUGUAAUGUCCAAGCAGCCAAGGCGCUCAAACCAAUCGCAAACCCAACAUGCACUGAUGGAUCUGCGCCGAAAAGCAAUACCGGUUGAUCGUCAACGACAAGUGCUGUACGAACUGGUGGAGAGGUUGGAUCGCUCGCCACAGGAAAAAAGUUUUGCAAUCCAGGAAGGGGCCAUCGAAUUGCUGAAGGAAUAUCUACAUUCUUCCGAUCCUGCUAUUGUGGAUCAUGCCCGAUUGGGAUUGGCGUUACUGGGAUAUGUGCCACCCCUCCCGGCACCGGGCAUUAGAAUACUCAGCAUUGAUGGGGGAGGAAUACGUGGUAUCAUAGUAAUGGAAUUACUCAGGAAAAUUGAAAAGAUGACUAACCGGAAGAUUUUCGAUCUGUUCGAUAUGGUGUGCGGAGUGUCAACUGGAGCAAUAUUGGUGUGUGCUCUUGCUUCAGAGAAAAAUCUCACCUUGGACGAAGGAAUCCAUCUUUAUAAAAAGAUGAGCCACAAAAUGUUCCAUCGACCAUCAACGCUAGACAAGCUCACCGGUGCAUCUCGUCUAGUCUCAAGUCAUGCUUAUUAUGAUGUAGAUUUAUGGGAGACGUUGCUCAAACGACAUAUUGGUCUUCGCAAAAUAAUUGACACCUCAAAAUUGCCCCAUGUUCCAAAAUUUUGCUGCGUGUCGACAACCAUCUGCGAUGACUAUAUUGAUGCGCAUGUAUUCAGGAACUACACUUUUCCGCUAAAUGUUCAGUCGGUAUAUGAGGGAAGUCAUAGGGCACGCCUAUGGGAAGUAGUGCGAGCAUCGUCGGCCGCGCCAGCCUACUUCGGUGAUUUCCAGCUAGGCGAUCAAUUGCACCAAGACGGUGGAAUACUGUACAACAAUCCGACAACGGUGGCUAUUCAUGAAGCCAAAUGCUUAUGGCCCGGCGAACCAAUACAGUGUGUGGUUUCGUUUGGUACGGGUAGAACACGUAACCGACCAAAGGAUUGGAAGGAUGGGCAGAAAAUUAUCAGUGAAAAUAUGCUGGAACGGGUAUCGCUUUCCAGCUCUUGGAAAACGAAGUUUCUUCGAAUAUUGGACUCCGCUACCGAUACUGAAGCGACCCACACCAUACUCAGUGACUUGCUGCCAGCAGGGCGCUACUUCCGAUUCAACCCAUAUCUGACGGAAUUCCUUUCGAUGGUCGAAGUCCGCCCGGACAAGAUAGCUCAGCUUGAGCGGGACACCCAGGAGUAUUUUUUGCGUAACGAGGACAAGUUCGAAAUGGUAGCGUCGUUGCUUACUCGAAAGAAGAAUAUUUUCUCCAAAGCAUAUGCCUCCAUUCGCGCUGUUUUUAGCUAGAUUCGGUGGAUCACAGAUUUCAAUUUACCAUAGCAAGAAUAAGUGAUAAUGUUCCAAAGAAGUCGAGAGGUAUUAAACACAUAUACCCGCCCUAGAAAGAACAGUAUCAAGUAGCUUAACGAAAACGAGUUUAUUUUUUCAGAACCAUUUUUAUUAUUAUUUUUUAACGACUGAUUUAUUAACUCCCGCGUAGGUGCCGUUUACGAUGUGAUUUAUGUUCAGUGAACCACGGGGUUCAUUUUAGCGAAACCA